CGACAUCUCGUUUCAAAUUUUGAUCACUUGAAUAAUAUUCAGUCAGUCCAUUUUGAUAAGGAGACUGUGAAGCUGAGGCGUAUGGCUCUGCGUAAUAUUUAUUAAAGUACAUAUAAGCAUAAAAGUAUAGAAUAAAAUAAUGAACGAUGAAAAGCAACCACUGCUCACUGGACCUAACAAUGCAAUUGAAAGUGUUGAACAAACAGUAGAAUUAGUGACAGAUCCAGCAUCGCCUUCGAGUAAUAGUGAAAAACCCAAAGGAGACUACCACCCGGCGUCGGAAAGAUGUUUGGAGCAUCCAACUUCCAACUUCGAUACUUUAAUCCAUCUUUUAAAAGGAAAUAUAGGGACAGGAAUUCUAGCAAUGCCAGAUGCUUUUAAAAAUGCUGGCCUAGUGCUUGGUGUGUUUGGAACACUUAUCAUGGGUGCAAUAUGCACACAUUGUAUGCAUAUGCUAGUGAAAUGUUCACAUGAGCUCUGCAUCCGCAGUCAAAAACCAGCACUAAGUUUCUCUGAGGUUGUAGAAGAUUCCUUUGCAUCAGGACCUGUUUCUCUAAGGCCAUAUGCUAAAAGUAUGAAGAAUAUUGUCAGUGUAUUUUUGGUAAUAACACAAAUGGGAUUUUGCUGUGUUUACUUUUUGUUUGUUGCCACUAACCUUCAAGAUACAAUGCGUUUUUUUAAUGUAAACUUAAAUGUACAUGUGUACUUGGCUUUAUUAUAUCUACCAAUAUUUGCACUGGCUAUGGUGAAGAACUUAAAGUAUCUGUCACCAGUCUCUCUGGUUGCCUUCAUAAUGACUGCUUGGGGCCUUGUGAUAACAUUUUACUAUAUACUUCAAGAUUUGCCUCCUACGCGUACUGUGAAAGCAUUCUCUACCUGGCAUCAGAUACCUUUAUAUUUUGGUACAGCUAUAUAUGCAUUCGAAGGAAUAGGAGUGAUCUUACCUUUAGAAAACAAUAUGAAAACCCCAGAGGCCUUUGGUGGUUGGAAUGGUGUGCUCAACACUGGCAUGGUGAUAGUCGCCGCAUUAUAUACAGCUAUUGGAUUUUUCGGGUACCUUAAGUAUGGCGAACGAGUGCAAGGUAGCAUAACGCUUAAUCUGCCAAACUCAUUAUUAGCUCAAAGUGUCCGGGCAGUUAUGGCAGCUUCAAUCUUCUUAUCAUAUGGAUUACAGUUCUAUGUACCCAUGAACAUAGUUUGGCCUUAUGUGAAGUCAAAACUUACCUCAGAACAAGCUCUCAAACAUGGUGAAGCAGCAACGCGGUUUGUGCUAUUUUCCAUAACAUUUUUGGCAGCAGCCCUGAUUCCGAACUUGAGUGGUAUAAUAUCAUUGGUCGGAGCGUUUAGCAGCUCAGCACUUGCACUGAUCUUUCCACCACUUAUAGAAAUAAUGACAUUCUGGCCUGACCAACUUGGACAAAGCAAUUGGAAGUUGUGGAAAGAUAUAGUAAUCAUGAUUUUCGGAUUCACAGGAUUCGUGUUUGGUACAUUUAUAAAUGUAAAGAAUAUAUUUUUUACUUCCUGAACAAACCAAAUCAGUACUAAAAGAAUAUAAAAUGUUAACCAAAGAGUUUUAUAAUAUUUUAUGUGGUUUUAUAUGAUAAUCAUGACAAUAAUUGUGUGUAGUAAAUGUUUCACAAUAUUUUGCUUUAUACAAAUAUUUAAUUAGCUUAUAGGUGUUGAUUAAUUGACAAGCUCAGCUUAUUUUUAAAUGUUUAUUUUAUAUUGGACCUUUUAAGUAUUGAUGUGUUAUGACAAAUAUGGAGAUGGGUAUUACUUUUAUUUUUUUAGUUAAACACUUGCAUGAGCUGUAGCCAACUAGCUAUGUGGUGAUGCUAUUAAAUGUGUGUGUAUGUGGAUUAGCUCUAAUUUAAAAUUGUGAAUAUGUAUUUCACGUAAAUUGGAAUCAGAUUAUUAAAAAGUAUAUAAUUUGUUUACAUUCCACUGUUACCAUGGAGAUUACCCAAAUCAUAGGCCUAUUUAUUAAACAGAUACCUUUGGGUAUUUUUAUUUUGUGAUCAUAGUUCCUUCCUAUUUUUAUGUGAUUGUUAGAUUAUUUUUGUUAUUUAACUUUAAAAUCCUUGUUUAGUUAUUUUUGAUCUGAAAUCUUUUUACAGCACAUUAAUUAAGAAAUAAGUUUUAAAAAUGAAAAACUGUACAGUAUCGAAUAUUUUGAUCUUCAUAAUGUUAAAAAAUAUAUUAUGCAUUUAUAAAGGUGCUUAUGUAGUUCAAUGUUCAGUGUUAAAGAUUUGUGCUUAAUGUUCUUUAGCUUGUGAGUAUUGAAUCUGUUAAAUGACUACGGAUCAGCGUUUUGACUUCCCAAUUAAAAAUAAUGUAGCUAAAUCGAGAAUGUUAUCUAUGUUGUUCACGCAACAACAUAGUGGACAAGUGUUUAUAUUCUUAGCUGUAUAUCUUAGAAGAGAUAAAAGCUACAUACAAUUCACUUAAUGUCCAGGUACAUUGUAUUGUGUGCAAGGGUCGUAAUUAUUUAUUAAAAAAAAUAAUGUAUUUGACGAACAUCAGAGUAUGUUAUAAAGUAAUUUAUUUUGAACUAAAAAUAUACCAUGUUGAUGUAUGUUAUAAAUUAAUUAGUGGUAGCUAUUAAAAAAAUAUUUUACUGUUUGUUUUGCUAUUACACAUCUGUGUACAAUUUGUUCAAAAUAAUAAUCUCGAAUGUGACAACUUUAUAGUUUGCCUAUUUAGUGGUGAUGUACUUAUAUCCAAGAAAAUAUAGCUAUUGGUGCAAAGGA